AUGGGCCAACCACGUAUUCCUCCAACGCCUGCCGAGACCAAUCUCAGUGGCAAGACCAUCAUCAUCACAGGCGGCAAUGCUGGUUUGGGGUAUGAAGCAGCAAGACAAUACCUUACUCUGGGUGCAAAUCGUUUGAUCCUUGCUUGUCGCUCUGUUGCCAAGGGUGAGGUGGCUGCUGCUUCUCUGCGUGCAGAUCCCACUGUCAAAAGGUCAAAUCCCGAUGCUUCAAUCGAAGUGUUUGAGCUCGAUCUCGACGACUAUCAAUCUGGGCUUCGCUUUUCCAACAAGGUGAAAAAUGAAGUCAAAGAGCUCGAUAUCCUUCUGAACAAUGGCGGGCAAGUUGCAUUGGACUACACAAAAAGCAAAAGUAAUCACGAGCGAAAUAUGCAAGUAAACUGCUAUACUCAUCUUCUCAUCUCCCUCGAGUUAUUUCCGCUCUUACGUUCUACUGCCGCGAUUCGAGGGUUGCCGUCACGCAUUACAUUCACGGGUUCCGGAACUCAGAUUACGCAAAAUACUUUGACCAAGAAGCCCAUCUCACCUGACAGCACUGUUCUCGGCCAUUUCGAUGAUGAAGCCAACUACAAUAAAUAUUUCCGCUACGCUGAUACCAAAACUGUUGUCAACGCUUACGUUCGGCGCUUGGCUGCCUUGGCGCCCUCUGAAGUCAUUGCCAACAACCCCUGCCCCGGGCUUGUGCAAACGGGCUUUGACAAGAAUCUUCCCUUCUAUCUCCGGCUCCCUAUGGUGCUUGUUCGUAAGGCCAUGGGCCGUACGGUAGAGGAGGGCGCUCGAACAUUGGUCUAUGCUUCUGCCGUUGCGGGACCCGAGAUCAAUGGCAAGUUUCUGCAGCAUAAUAAGGUCGAUCCAGGUGCUGCAUUUCUUAAUGAGCCUGAAGGAGAAACUUUUAUGAAUAAGCUCUGGAAAGAAAGUGUGCAAGACAUUGCCGCUGUAGACCCCAGUCUGAGUUCUUAUGCUUGA